UGAAGGUGAUACCAAGUGCGGGGGGACAACAAUAUCCAUUUACUUAAGGAAAUCCAUCUUACUGAACUAGGACGCUGCUAUUGCCUGUAUUACUACUUGUCUAACUUAAAAGAAGAAGGGGACGAUGGGGUGGGUGUGGUGAUCACGUCAGUUUCCCACCAGUGAUCAUUCUGUGCUGAUGGAAUACCCCGGGGUCGCCAUGCGGCGCGUGCUGCUGGCGGUUAGUGGGAGCGUGGCGGCGGUUAAACUGCCGGAGUUGGCGGCGGGAAUCGCCUGUCUGCCCGAGGUUGAAUUAAUAGUGGUGACCACAGAACAUGCCAAACACUUUUAUGACUCCAAAGAUGUCUCUGCUAAAAUAUAUAGUGAUUCAGAUGAAUGGGAGAUGUGGAAGCAGAGGUCAGAUCCUGUCCUACAUAUAGAUUUGAGGAGAUGGGCAGAUCUAAUGGUGAUAGCACCUUUGGAUGCCAAUACGCUAGGAAAAAUAGCCACUGGAAUCUGUGAUAAUUUAUUGACUUGCAUAGUUAGAGCCUGGGAUCUUAAGAAGCCACUACUCUUCUGCCCAGCCAUGAACACUGUAAUGUGGGAGCAUCCGAUUACAGCAACACAGGUCCAAACACUGAAGAGCUUUGGUUAUAUUGAAGUUCCUUGCAUUGUAAAGACGUUGGUGUGUGGAGACAAAGGUUAUGGGGCAAUGGCAGAGAUAUCAACAAUCGUGGAAAAGGUAAAAGAGUGUUUGGAACAGUCUCCAUAGCUGCUGAUGAUGGGAGAAGCAGAGCCAACUUUCAAACAUCCACAAUCUUUCACUUCAUUUUAUUUAGAACUUUGUUCUGAAUGUAAACCACUUCAACAUUGGGAUUAUAAAUAACAAACUGAUUCCAAUCAAA